AUACAGGAACCAAAAAGGGUUAUAGAGGCUGCUUCACGCUGUCUCAUUCAGUUCCUUUGCGGUCCUCUUCUUCAGCACAUGCCAAAGCAGUUCCUCACAACCUGUGGGACCAGAGCAUCUUGGGUGUGUGACAAUGGAAGAGUUGGAUGCCUUAUUGGAGGAACUGGAGCGCUCCACCCUCCAGGAAAGUGAUGAAUCCUCCAGCUCAGCUCCUCUUCCCCUGGAUCAGCACUCCAGAAAGGAGAGUAACCUUGCUGAGACUUCAGAGACCCUUUCUCUUCAGAAUGAUACAAGUCCCUUGCCGGUGCAGCUCGUGUAUACUACCCAGAUCCAGGAGCAAAAUGUCUACAGUAAGAUCCAAGAGCCAAAGGGAGCACCACAUCCCCCGAAAACGUCCGCGGCUGCUCAGCUGGAUGAGCUCAUGGCCCACCUGUGUGACAUGCAGACCCAGGUCGCAGUGAAAGCAGAUGCCAGCAAGAAACCCACAGCAAAUAAGCAGGAUCCCAAGGCCUCCCUGGACUCAAUGCUGGGGGGGUUGGAGCAGGAUCUGCAGGACCUGGGAGUUGCCACAGUGCCCAAGGGCCACUGUGCUUCCUGUCAGAAACCGAUUGCUGGGAAGGUGAUCCAUGCUCUCGGGCAAGCGUGGCACCCGGAGCACUUUGUCUGCACUCACUGCAAAGAGGAGAUUGGCUCCCGUCCCUUCUUUGAGCGGAGUGGCCUGGCCUACUGCCCCAAGGACUACCACCACCUCUUUUCUCCACGCUGUGCUUACUGUGCGGCUCCCAUCCUGGACAAAGUGCUGACGGCAAUGAACCAAACCUGGCACCCAGAGCAUUUCUUCUGCUUUCACUGUGGAGAGGUGUUUGGUGCAGAAGGCUUUCACGAGAAGGACAAGAAGCCGUACUGCCGGAAGGAUUUCUUAGCCAUGUUCUCGCCCAAGUGUGGCGGCUGCAACCGCCCGGUGUUGGAAAACUACCUUUCAGCUAUGGACACCGUCUGGCACCCGGAAUGCUUUGUGUGUGGGGACUGCUUCAGCAGUUUUUCCUCCGGCUCCUUCUUUGAGCUGGACGGACGUCCGUACUGUGAGCUCCAUUACCACCAGCGCCGGGGAACACUGUGCCACGGGUGCGAGCAGCCCAUCACCGGCCGCUGCAUCAGUGCCAUGGGCCACAAGUUCCAUCCCGAGCACUUCGUCUGCGCUUUCUGCCUGACACAGUUGUCAAAGGGCAUCUUCAGGGAGCAGGAUGGCAAGACCUAUUGUCAACCCUGCUUCGUGAAACUCUUCCCGCUGUAAUCUCAGCUGAACCCACAGUGUCCGCAGAUGCCCUACAGAACUUCAACCAGGAGGGGAAGGAGUAUUUUGUCGUUACUGCACUUCAGCUCAGUGGGCGUAUAGAGAAAGUAAAGGUGAUGAACUCCUAGUUGCUGCAUGGCUAGGCUCGUAGUCUUAGGUUUUAGAUUUCUAGUCUUACUGUUUUUCUUGAUCAGGUUCUUGGAUUUAGGUCUGGGUCCUGCCACUCAUGCCUCCGCAGAUGCAUCUACCACAUGCGCACAUUCAUUCCACCGCUGGUUUUCUCAGAUUUCUCCCAUUUUCACUCCUGUGAUGGCCCUCGUCCCUGGGCCUUUUCACGCCUCCCUUGUUUCCCUGUGACUCACUUUCACAUGACCAAUGCAUUACCCUCACUGUCAGGAAUCCUGAGGCUCUCUGCAUCUCUCUUUGGUGUACUUCUCUUUUUCAAGAGGAAGUAGAUUUUAACUGGAAUACUUUGAGUACUGACAUCACUGAUAAAUAAAACGGCUUUCAGUUUUCA